CAUUCAAAGGCGGGAUUAGCUAUGCUAGCUUGACCUUUGCGGUAAACCGAUACAACAAGAGUUGUUGUGAGACGGCAGUGUCAGUCAUAUAAAUUGCUGUGAAGGCUGCAUGCGUAAGCUGUUUCUUACUUCGCUCUAUUCCUAUCGCAUUAUCAAGUCAAUGUCUUAAACUCUGGUGCGGGACUGCUCGGGAAUCGUCACCUUCAACUUUUAUAAUUUGUCUACUUGCGCCAAACCACUGUUUGGUUGUUUCAGCCAUGAACGAGUCCAAAGUUUUGUUUCUGUACACACGACAAGAUCAGAGUCGCAGCUAAGAGCUUAAAGACUUCCUUCGAAUGAAGCUCGGUUCACAUGUGAUACUCAACAGCAUCCAGGACACACUUGAAAGCAACUCAACGUUAGAGGAUGAACUAUUCCAAAGUCGCUGUGUCGUUCUUGUGUACUCUGAUAUCUGCGAAGACUACCUCCAACACGACAUCCACGAGUUCCAGAAAUCUUAUGUGACAUUCGAUGGGAGUAUAAUAAAGGCGUAUUUACUCGAGGAUUCAAUCCUAAAAUUAUUUUAUUCCUGAUGCGAAUAACUUAUAUUACGAAGCUCAGUUCCGAGGCGAGAUGUCGGAGCUGGAUGAUGCAGGGACGUAUUUUGACCUGGGCCCGCGCAAGGUUACGGGAACAGGGACCUAUCACUACAUGUGCUCACGCAAUAACAACUUCUCCAACCGCAGCCAGAAGGGACGCAUUGUCAUCGGUGAUAGUGCCGUCUACGGCAAGAAGAUAGGCGUAAUGGGUGGUGCGAUAGAGUUUGGAGAGGGUGAGGGCGUUUGGUUUGAGAAAAACACCCUCGGUCAGCUGGUGAAUAUCCAACUGGAAAAGAUGCCGUCCGACAAAGGCGACGCCAUGGUGAAGGACAAGGGCGGUAAAAUGGGCGUGGGAGACGAGUACGCUAGUGAGUUCCUACUGAUUAAUCCUCAGGCACUACGAACGCGCGAGAAAUUCUCAGUGAAGCUUGGCAUCGUGCGUGGUGUCACGGAUGACAUCGAGAUGUACCGCUCCGCUGACAGCGAAAACUUACGCACGUGGUACAAAGUACCUGGGGCAAGUGUCAACGAGGGCGUGGUCUCCUUUCAGACAGACAAAGGCGGUGUGUAUGUGGCACGAACUGUCACAAACAAGGCUGCUAUCGCUGGGAUCGUCAUUGCUUGCGUAAUCAUACUAGUGAUCAUCGGUGGGACAGUCUUCUAUUUCCGAAAGCACCCAGACAAACUAACUCAGAUCAACACGUCCAUUUCCAACGUAUGUCGCUCAUGUAAAAGUGAGGUCUGACCAUCUUCCAGACACACACCUUGUUCGGAGGAGAGACGGAGAUUCACCGCCUAUUUUUAUAAAAACAAUCAAAAAUUGAAAAAUAUGUGUAACGGAGAGUAUGAUUAUUUAUCAUCGCUUGCCGUCUUUCAGCCAUCAAUUGUAUAAACAAGAAAGUUGUAAUGAAUAAUUAAUAAACUGAAUUAUUAAUGAA